CACCAGGUCACGGUCGGCGGCACUGCGGGUCUGGUGUACACCCCUUCGUCCAUCACCGCGGCCGUGGGUGAUAUGGUCGUCUUCACCUUCAUGAGCACCAACCACACCGUCACCCAGUCCUCCUUCACCUCUCCCUGUGUGGCCAUGGCUGGCGGUAUGGACUCGGGCUUCCAGCCUAACGCCAAUAAUGCCGUCAACCCGCCACCACAGGUUGCCAUGCAGGUUCAGGUCACCACUCCCCUCUGGUUCUACUGCAAGCAGACGGGCCACUGCGGCAAGGGUAUGGUCUUCUCCAUCAAC